AUGUCAGCAUCUAAACUAGCGUUAAAAGGUUCAUCCAAGAUAGUCUCUGAUUAUUUUGAAUUCGCCAUCAAUAGCAUCCUUUUCCAACGAGGUAUAUACCCCGCCGAAGAUUUCAUCACAGUACGAAAAUACGAUUUGCCCAUGGUUAUCAACAAUGACGACGAUGUUAAAAACUACAUCAGCAACAUUAUGCAGCAGUUGAAAAAGUGGAUAUAUGGUAAAAAGAUUACUAAGUUAAUUGUGGUUAUUGUAUCCACUAGCACUGGUGAAAGUAUAGAACGAUGGGAAUUCAAUAUUGAAACAAAAGAUGAUGAUGACAGGGACAACAACAACAAUGGACCUACCGAAAACGGUGAACAAGGAGAGAAGAAGAGCAAGAAUGAUAUACAAAAGGAAAUAAGAGCAAUAAUACGUCAGAUAACUUCGUCAGUGAGUUAUUUGCCCAUUUUAAAAGAUGACGAACACACCUUCAAUGUGUUGGUGUAUACUGAUAAAGACACCAACGUACCUAUACAAUGGUGCGACACCAAUGGUGAUGGUAGGAUAUUGGAAGGCGAAAACGUUGAUGACAUAGAUUUUGCAAGCUUUAGCACGGAUAAGCAUACGGUAAAGACUUCAGUUAGUUACAAGUUUGAAUAG